AUGGCAGCCACUGCAACAUACAGACAAUCGAAUUCUGACAAGGUCAAAGAAUCGAAUAAAACAGCCACUGCAACAUACAGACAAUCAAAUCCUGAAAAAGUGAAAGAGAGUUUUAAGGCAGUGAGGCAGUCACUGCAACAUACAGACAAUCAAAUCCUGAAAAAGCAAAAGAGAAUUUUAAGACAGCCACUGCAACACUACAGACAAUCUAACCCUGAAAAAGUAAAAGAGAAUUUUAAGACAGCCACCGCAACAUACAGACAAUCAAACCCUGAAAAAGUAAAAGAGAAUUUUAAGACAGCCAUUGCAACAUACAGACAAUCAAAUCCUGACAAGGUCAAAGAAUCGAAUAAAACAACCACUGCAACAUACAGACAAUCAAAUCCUGAAAAGGUCAAAGAAUCGAAUCAAACAGCCACUGCAACAUACAGAAAGUUAAAUCUUAAAAAG